GGUGUGACUUCCAGCCAACCGUCGACAACUCCAGUGUUUAGACUUUAGAGCUCAGUUAAAGAUGAGGAGCGGCUCUAUUCCGAUGAGCCGAAUUAAAGUUCGACAUUAAAUCUGGGAAUUGACUACUCAGCAAUGAAAUGUAAGUGUUUCACUGUGCGUUUCACUUCCAACUUAAUCCUGACUGCGAGCAUCCCACGUUGAACACGUGGAUCUGCUGACACUGGACUCCUUGCUCACUUCUGACAUCCAGUGUCAGCAGCCAGUGCUUUGAAGAUGAUCAACCCUCAGAUAUGCCUCCACUACAACUACACAGGCAAGCUGGACCGACGGCCCAGAGUUGGCACAAACCCGGGCACAGUGGACACCAAAACCAUUGUGUUCCUUAUCAUAUGCAGCUUCAUUGUCCUGGAGAACCUCACCGUGCUGGUGGCCAUAUGGAGAAACCAAAGGUUCCACAACCGCAUGUACUUCUUCAUUGGCAACCUGGCGCUGUGCGACAUGCUGGCCGGAGUUGCUUACCUGGUCAACCUACUCCUGUCAGGAGAGAAGACCCUGCAGCUCUCACCAGCUCUCUGGUUUGUCAGAGAGGGAAGUAUGUUUGUAGCACUUGGUGCCUCCAUUUUCAGUCUCCUGGCUAUUGCUAUCGAGCGACACCUGACUAUGAUCAAAAUGAGGCCUUAUGAUGCCAAUAAGAACUACAGAGUGUUUCUGCUCAUAGGGACCUGCUGGCUGAUUGCUAUAUCUCUUGGAGCUUUGCCUAUUCUUGGCUGGAACUGCCUAGACAACCUCCCUGAUUGCUCCACAGUCCUCCCUCUCUACACCAAGAAAUAUGUGGCUUUCUGUAUCACAGUUUUCAUGGUUUUGCUCUUAGCCAUGUCAAUCCUUUAUGCCCGCAUAUACAUACUAGUUAAGUCCAGCAGCCGAAAGGUAAGCAAGCACAGAAACUCUGAGCAUGCAAUGUCCCUGCUGCGCACUGUCAUCAUUGUAGUUGGGGUCUUCAUUUCCUGCUGGACACCAAUCUUUAUCCUGCUCCUGGUGGAUGUGGCAUGUGAGCAGCGCUGUCCUAUCCUCUACGAGGCUGACUGGUUCAUUGGCCUGGCUGUGCUGAACUCAGCCAUGAACCCGGUCAUUUACACUCUGGCCAGCCGCGAGAUGAGACGGGCCUUUCUGAGUCUGGUGUGUGGCAUUUGCUUCAGGGGGAAGGCUUCUGUGAAUGGCAGUGGGAACAGGCAGUCUCUGGAGCCCAGCCGCAGCAGGAGCAAGUCGUGGAGCAGCCAGAACAACCCGAAUCAGAACCAGCAGAGCUCCAGACAGGCGGAGCUGGAAAAGGGUCAGGAGACGGACACGGCCCGUGGCGAGGUCUCAGUGGUGGCGGGUGGAGCUGCUAAGGCCGUCAUUGAGAGUGACAGAGCAGACUAACCUAAGGGAGCAAGAUGUGUACAGUAGGACAAUGAGGGUGGUCCUAAUGUGCAAUCCCAUGGGCUUGUGCAGUGGUCAGAAUUGGUGACGAAAAGGAAUUUGAGUUGGGAUUAAUUCAGAAAGAUGGAUUUCUUAGACUGCAAGGAAGGGGUUUCACCUGUGUUCUAUGUUGAUAAUUCUGCAUCAUCCAUAUUGGGAAGCAUAUUAAAAUGUCCACACUUGGCAUUAGACUGAUUACUGUAAGAGACACAAUCAGUACAACCUCUUUUUUCAAGUAAAGGUUAUAUUUCAUCACUGUCCAGUGACAACCCUGUAACUCCAACUAUGUUCAUUUUACAUUUGAACUGAAGGAUGAACUCUUUAUUGGUUUAGAAGAUAAACCAUCUAAAAACCCAUUAUUAUGGAUUAUCUGGAGAAAAUAAAAUGAUUUGUCACAAAGCUGAAAACUAUUUUUCUUAAUUAAUGCAAAUUGGACAUUUUGGAGGUACAGGGUUUUUUGCAGGACAAUGAUGAUUUGCUAAUGCAUGGUGCUCUUACAUUUGAAAGAAAAACAUUUACCUCUGGGGUUACAGAUGUGACCAGAUGUGACCAAAAAAGAAGUGAAAAGCCACCUGCAACGAAUUGAAGUGCAAUUAUAGUUAUGCAAACAUAAUGAAGAAUGAUUGUAGGCAAUGAUUAGUGUAAUGACAAUGGAAGUUAUUUAUUAUUCUCAGCCUAGUCUGUCAUUUUGUAUUUACUCAGUAAUACUACAGUAUGCGGUGCAGUUACUGUAUUGAAAACUGCAUUAGAAAAUUGCAUAUGUGAUGUAAAUGAGAUAUGCAAAAACCUGCUAGUGUUUUCUUUAUAUCGGCAGCAUUGUGUACAAACUGCUUCUGUUAUCACUGUACGAAGAAUUGAUGUGAUGUGUUUCAUAAAUAACUAAGUAGUUUUUAGUGAUACCAGGGCUCCAUCUGCUGGUUAAUAAUGGUAGUCAUUAUCUUCGCUGCUGACAAGAUAUUUUCAUAAAAUGCUGCAUUUUCAGAAUCUUUUCACCCCUCAUUUUAGUACAAAAAUGAAGUUGUUGUGAGCAUCUGUGUUUCACCUGAUUAUUCCAGAAGCCAACUCAAAUCAUUCUUAGAAGCAUGAGGUCAGUGAACUGAAGGAAGAGGCAUGUGAAAUAGUAAUACUUAACUACAUGCAGCUACUUUUUUGAUGCAAAAUAUUGGCUUUGACACAACAAAUCUCUUGUUUCCAGUAGAGGGCAUUUCUCUCCUUGUUAUGUGCAGUGUCUUCCUGAUUCCUUUGAGAAAAUAACUUCAAGGUUGUUUCACUCAUUUACAAACACAUAUGUAUUAGCUACUCACUUAUUUGUUGUAGUAUCUAACCGUGCAUGUCGUUUUUUAAUUUUACAGCCUUAGAGAUAUCCAUCUCUAAGAUGUCUUCAGUCACCACAAUACUGGAUAAUGGAUUUUUGUAUGUUGCUCACGCUGAAAAAAUACAUUUUAAAAUAUUCAACAGCAAAACAUUUUUUUUCUCUCUCCAGAAACAGCAUCCCUGUUACUGUGGAAAAGCUCAAGAUCUCAUAGUGAAUCGGUUUGAUGGGGACUACUUUUUGUACAAAAGAAAUACCCAUUAAAACCUUUGACAGUGUGUUCAAUGGAUUAUCCAUAAUAACAAGGACACUUAAUGAAAUUGAUUGUUUACAAUCCUGUCAGCACCUAAAAAUAAAAUCCAAUUCUCAGAAACUAUGCAUGGAAAGAUAUCAACGCAAAUCAUGUGAGGAAAUAUAUUAUGAGACAAUUUGGAUAAACCAAUCCUUUAAAAUAUUAUAGGAAACUACUGUGAGAACACUGAUUAAAUGCUGCAUCUACCAUACAAUGAAAUAUGUUAUUGGUUAUUACAGCAGAUACAACAGAGAUUCUACACAUUCACGGUUUUAUUGCCAACAGUACAGAAUAAUGAUAAACCCAUACAACCAAAAGAUUAAAUCUGUAAACAUAAUUUGGACUCUUUUUAUUUCCUUUUUUGUUUUUUUACUUUACCUGUUCCAAAAUAGUGAGUUUGUGUGAUUCCCUCUGACGAAGAUUUAUAUUUAGAAUCUGGAAAUGAUACACUUAUAAUAUAUAAUAGAGAGGGAGGGAGGGAGAGAGAGACAGAUAGAUAGAGAAAACGGUAGUCUCAAGCAGCAACACGCAGCAGGGCAAAACACAACCUCUAGUGAACAGGCAUGCCCCAUUGAAGAUCAGCUAUUGCACUUUGAAAAGAGAAAUAAAAAUACCAUUUGUACAAAUAAAAGGCACAUUUUUAUCAACAGAAAUCUGGAAAGAAGCCAUGUUCUUUCUGUGUCCCAGCGUGUUUGGUUGUAUCAUUUCUUUAUACCACACAGCUAAUCAUCACGUGCUCGGAGACAUUCAAGUAUGUAGUUGUUCCUGCUUUAUAUGUAUAUGCUUUGUUCAAAACCACAUUUUUUAAAGAUGAUUCUACAAAUUUGCUUUUCAGAAAUACAGAGUAAUCA